UGUUAUCGUGUUUGUGCAUCGUGGUGCUGACGCAGACGCACUUCGCUAUCCGCGGUGACCCGGACUCGGACUGUUGGGCUUUGUGACGUCAAUGCUUGGUGUGAUAGUGGCUCGAGCAUGUAUAUAAGCAACCGCCCCUUGUUUCUUCCGGGGGUUGUUAGAUCGUUAGUUGUGUGACCGAAUAAACAUGUGUUGCACUUAUCACCGUGUGCUGCCUGCCGGCUUCGCUCCUGCGUAGGCGAAGAUAUAAUAGUGGCGACGAGGAUGGGAUCCGUGUGAAUCCGCACGGCCGACAGACGCCAGGCACUUUUGGGAGCGGAAGACUUCAACAUGGCAGCGGCUGGCAAGUUCGAACCCUUCCUCGAGGACGGAGACGAGGAUUUCGAAUCGUACAUCGAGCGGUUCGAGCACUUCCUUCGGGCGACCCAGGUGAGCGACGACCUCAAAGUUUCGGUGUUGAUUACCGCUAUUGGGAAGAAAACCUAUCGCACGCUUAAAAAUCUACUAGCUCCCAUGAAGCCCGAGGAGAAAGAAUAUGCGCCACUAAUUCAAGCCCUCAAGAAGCAUUAUGCUCCGGAACCCAUGGUCAUAGCGGAACGUUUCCAAUUCAACCGCCGGAUUCAGCAGGACACAGAACCGGUGGCGGGCUUUGCGUUGGAAUUGAAGAGUCUGGCUGCCUCCUGCAAUUUCGGGGCAUUUUUGGAUGAAGCUUUGCGGGACCGUUUCGUUGCCGGGCUGAAAGACGAGAUAACGCAAGCAGAGCUUCUGAAGAGGGCCACACUGACGUUUGCAGAGGCGUGCGAACUAGCUCGAAGUAUUGAACUAGCCCGUUCCGAGACGAAGAAAUUCCAGCCGGAGGGGCAACAACUAGGUGUCCAGGCCGUACAACGACAAACUCUGAGUUCAAGGUCGGGACAGCCGCGGGGAGACUACAUGGAAACCAGAGCAGCGAAAGAAACAACCGGUUGGGCUUGUUACCGCUGCGGAGCCACCUCCCACACCGACGAAAGGUGCCCGUUCAGGAAAUACCGCUGCCGCGCCUGCAAACGAGUGGGCCACUUGGCAAGAGUGUGCCGGUCGUCCGGCAGCACAGCGCACUAUGCGGAGGACAGUAGUGGUGAGGACAAUCUUUUGCUGCAGAAUGUAUUUUCGUGUAACGAGAGUGUCCGAAACUAUACGGUAAACGUACGGGUCGGGGGUCGUAAUGUGCCGAUGCAGAUAGAUACGGGCGCGUCUGUUUCUAUCGUCCCCGAGACUCUCUAUCAGCGACACUGGGCCGGGCGACCGUUGUUGCCGUGUAGCAUAAAGCUAAAAGCCUAUGGGGGAACGCCGUUAGCGGUUCUGGGCAAGCUGAUGAUGCCGGUAGAGCACAACAACCAGACAGCGACACUGCCUCUGAUCGUUGUCCGUACGUUGCAAAAGAGUGAGACUGCGUUGCUAGGGCGAAACUGGUUGGAAUCUCUUAAAUUGGAUUGGUUGAGUGUGGGUAGGGUGGCGAUCGAUCGAGUAGCUAGCUUGCUUGAAAGGUUCUCGGAAGUGUUUGAACCAGAGCUCGGACAGAUACCGGAUUGUCAAGUAAGCUUGUUGCUGAAGGAUGGCACAACACCGGUCUUUUGUAAACCUCGGCCGGUGCCCUUCGCACUCCGAGAUCCCGUUUCCCAACAAUUGAGGGCCUGGCAGAACGCAGGGGUGAUUGUUCCCGUCCUAAAAAGCGACUGGGCCACGCCGCUGGUGGUGGUUCCAAAAGGAGACAAAACGGUCAGGAUUUGCGGAGACUACAGAAUGACGGUGAAUCCCUGCUUGCGCACCGAUCAUUAUCCGCUGCCAGUCAUGGAAGAUUUGUUUGUAGCCUUGCAUGGGUGCAAAUAUUUCACUGUGCUGGACCUUUCAACCGCGUAUCAGCAGCUGCAGUUGCACCCUGACUCGCAGUCUUUGCUCACGAUAAAUACGCACAUGGGGCUGUUUAAGUUUACGCGCCUACCGUAUGGGAUAACCAGUGCACCCUCGAUAUUUCAGGCAGUCAUGGACGAUGUUCUAGGAGGCCUAGAUAGAGUCGCCUGCUACCUGGAUGAUGUGUUGAUUGCCGGGGAAAGUUUUGAGGAGAGUUGGAAAAAGGUGGAAAGCGUGCUGACAAGGUUCAAGGAACGAGGCAUUAAACUGCGCAAAGAAAAGUGCAAGUUUUUCCAAACAUCGGUGGCGUAUCUGGGUCACGUGCUGGACGGAAAUGGCAUUCGGCCAUCCGAUAAGGUGCGCGCUAUCAAAGACGCGCCGACACCCAAGAACAAACAGGAGCUUCGAGCAUAUUUGGGCAUGCUCAAUUUUUAUGCAAAAUUAAUUCCGAACAUGUCAGCAGAGCUGAAACCAUUUUACGAGUUGUUGGGCGAAAAUGUUAAGUGGAAAUGGACGGACAGGGUGGCGGAUACCUUUAAGAGAUCUAAGGAUUGGCUUAUGCAUCCCAGAGUACUAACAUACUACAAUCCGGAUCAGGAACUGGGUAUGGUAUGCGACGCCUCGGCAUAUGGACUAGGGGCGAUCUUAUUCCAUAAAAUCGCGGGGGUCGAAAGACCGAUAGCGUUCGCAUCGAGGACACUAAGUCAGGCAGAGCAGGGCUACGCCCACCUGGAGAAUCACCUGCAGUGA